UACCUUAUUAUUUCGUCAUGUCAAUAAGAAAAACAAAACACUGCACGUGUGCCGCUUUAUAAUUCAGUAAUUGUAAAAUUAAAUUAUUAAAAAUCGUGCAAAAAAACAGUUUUUACUUAAAAUUUGUAUUACUUUAACUAUAAAAGAUGUCUGCCAAUAUAGAAAUUAUAAUUGGCACAUAUGAGGAGUUUCUAUUGGGCUACAAAUUUGAUAUAAAAAAUGAGACACCCACAUUAACCCAAUCAUUUGCUGAUAAAUCCCAUUCGGGUUCUAUAAGAAGUGUGGCAGUACAAGAACGUUGGGUGGCCAGUGGUGGUACAGAUGAUCGGAUUUUUAUUUACGACAUGAGCACCAGAAAACAGUCACAGAUUUUACUAUCCCACGAAGGAACUGUUAACGCUCUUUCCUUUACCCCCGAUGGUACGCAUUUAUUGACGGGCGGCGAAGAUGGACGUAUGAUUGCUACCCGCCUAAAAACUUGGUUUGUAGAUGCAACCUGGAAAAAGGCUCAUAAUGGAGCUGCUGUUACCCAUAUCAGUUGUCAUCCUAGUGGCAAAUUGGCUUUAUCAUUGGGCUCAGAUUUGGUCUUAAGAACCUGGAAUUUAGUUAAAGGUCGUGUGGCUUAUAAAACAAAUUUAAAAAGUCGCAAUACUUUGGGGGCUCAGCCAGACUGUUUGGCUUGGUCACCUACGGGUGACUACUUCACCAUAACAGGUCAACGUGUUAUUGAAUUUUGGUCCAUAAAAACUGCAGAUGUUGUACGUUCUCAUAAGACUAAAUCAAAGCCUAUAUGUCUGACGUGGAUAACUGAUGAUUCGUGUCUUGUGGGUCUAGAAGAUGGUAAAAUCUUGUGGCUUUCAACCGACAGUGAGGAAGAAAAGGAAAUUGUUGCUCAUAAUGCAAGAGUAAAGGCAAUGUGUGUUUUUAAACAGAAUCUUGUGAGUGCAUCAAGUUCCGGUGAAAUUAAACUUUGGCAAAUAAACGAAAACAAACAAAAACUUAAAGAGCUGGCCACAACAAAUAUUGGCUGCCGUCCCACCUGUAUAAUUAUAUUAGAUUUGGAUCAAUUUGGAGCAAAUUAUGUGAUAAGCAAUACAUUAGGAGCUAAAGACAUCGAUAUAAAACCAACAACCUCAAAACCAAAAGCGCCACAACGUGGUGUUGUUACUAUCGAAUAUGAUAACGAAGAUGAAGAGGAAGAAGAUGCUGAUAGUAACAAUGAUGAAGAUACAGAAAAUGAGGCAGAUAGUGUAGCCGAAGAAGAUGAUGAAGGAGCAGAUAAUAAAGAUGAUGGUAUAGAAGAAGAUGAUGACGAUGAAGAAGAUGAUGAGGAUGACAACGAUGAUGAUGAAGAUAGUGAGGAUAGUGAUGACAGUAAUCCUGAGCCUGAAAUACGUUUACCAAAAUCACGUAAACAUAAAUUACAAAUUGUCAAAAGGAAAGAGGAUGAAAAGAAGAAACUAAAACUGGAUAAUCAGAACAAACAGCAAGUUAAGAAACAAAAACAACAACAGCAGUCGCAGCAAAAGAAAAGCAAACAAAAGUUAAAAAAAUAAUUACAACUACAUAAACAAUUAUGUAGAUUUUACAAUAAAAUGUUAAAGGUAUCC